GCUGCCCGGUGCGCGGUCGCCACGGCAACGCGGCCAUACUGGGCCAACCGAUCGCUGGGCCUGGGGCUGUUGCCUGGCGCGGCCUCGCGGCACAGCCGGCGGCAUGGACAGCCUCUUCGUGGAAGAGGUGGCCGCCUCCUUGGUCAGGGAGUUCCUCAGCAGAAAGGGCUUAAAGAAGACAUGUGUGACCAUGGACCAGGAACGCCCACGCUCUGAUCUCAGCAUAAACAGCAGAAAUGAUCUACGCAAGGUUUUGCAUCUUGAAUUUCUGUACAAGGAGAACAAGGCAAAGGAAAAUCCUCUAAAAACAAAUCUUGAACUCAUUACCAGAUAUUUUCUGGAUCACUUUGAAAAUACAGCUAACAGUUUUACUCAAGAAACCCCAAUCCCUGCACUCUCAGUUCCAAAGAAAAAUAACAAAUUACCAUUGAGAAGUUCAGAGACCACACUGGUAAAUAUAUAUGACCUUUCGGAUGAAGAUGCAGGAUGGAGAAUGUCAUUGUCAGAAACAAGCAAAGCCAGGCAUGAAAAUCUUGAUGGGGAUGUAUUUGGUAAUUUGGUGUCAUCCAAAAAACCCUCACACAAAAGUAAGCCCAUGCAGACGGUCCCAAGUGGAAGCCCCACCUUGGCUUCUGUUCAGGGGCACAUGGAAAGGCAUCAUUCAUCAGAGCCUUCCUUGGAUGCAAAGAGGAUGGGAGAGAAGACCAGGCCCAAGUCUGGCCUGAUCGUGCGUGGCAUGAUGGCUGGGCCCACCGCCAGCUCCUCGCAGGAUUCUUUCUGCAAACGCUCUCUGAGGAGGUCCCCAGCUUUGAGCAGCACCACGCAGCCCCAGGAAGAGGAGAGCCAGAAGGUACCGGAGCUUGCCUCCCGUACCCCAGCCGGUCUAGCCCUGCAGGAUGUCCAGGUUUCGAGCAAUAGCUCCACCUCCAGGAGUCCCCUGGGUCAGCUAAGUGACCUGAUCAUAGAAAAGCAGAAAAACACUCCUAGUAGCCCCACCCACCUGCCCAGCAAAGGGCUGCCCCCAGGGGAGAAGGCCAGGUGGAGAGAUCUUUCAGGGGACAGCCCAACAGUGGACGGCAACGCAGAUGUGGACAGGAUGCCCGUGAAGUGCUACUUGCCUGGUGGGAGUUCCAGGAUGACCCAGGAGAGGCUGGAGAGAGCAUUCAAACGGCAGGGCAGCCAGCCCCUGCCCGUCAGGAAGAAUCAGUUGCUGGCAUCUGACAAGGUGAAUGAAGAGCUGGAUGCCCUGCAGCUCGAGGAUGUGGAAGAUGAGAUGAUAAGGGAAGAAGUUAUCCUGCUCCCAGUCCCAUCAAUGCUCAAGCUACAGAUAGAGUCAAAGCCGAUCGACCUCUCAGUAGCAAAGGAAAUAAAGACCCUUCUGUUUGGUUCCAGCUUUUGCUGUUUCAAUGAAGAAUGGAAAGUUCAGAGUUUUUCCUUUAGUAACAUAGCUUCGUUAAAGUACGGCAUUGUGCAGAACAAGGGUGGUCCCUGUGGGGUUCUGGCAGCUGUCCAAGGCUGUGUCCUACAAAAACUCCUGUUUGAAGGAGAUAGCAGAGCCGACUGUGCUCGGGGACUGCAGCCUUCAGAUACCCACAGGACCCGCUGCCUCAUCUUGGCCAUCGCAGACAUUGUGUGGCGGGCUGGGAAUAAAGAGAGCGCUGUGAUCACACUGGCUUCGGGAAUACAACAGUUCAGUCCAACAGGGAAAUACAAAGCAGAUGGAGUCUUAGAAACACUCACACUGCACAGUUUGACCUGCUAUGAGGAGCUGGUGACUUUUCUUCAGCAAAGCAUUCGUCAGUUCGAAGUGGGUCCCUAUGGAUGCAUCCUGCUCACCCUGUCGGCCAUCCUGUCCAGGUCCACAGAGCUUGUCCGCCAGGACUUUGACGUUCCCACCAGCCAUUUGAUUGGAGCACAUGGGUACUGCACACAGGAACUUGUCAAUCUGCUUCUGACCGGGAAAGCUGUGUCCAAUGUUUUCAACGAUGAGGUUGAGCUGGAUUCCGGGGAUGGGAACAUCACAAAACUGAGAGGCAUCGCUGCCCGCAGUGAUAUUGGCUUCUUAUCUCUCUUUGAGCACUACAAUGUGUGUCAGGUCGGCUGCUUCCUGAAGACCCCGAGGUUCCCCAUCUGGGUGGUGUGCAGUGAGAGCCACUUCAGCAUCCUCUUCAGCCUGCAGCAGGAGCUCUUGUGUGACUGGAGGGCAGAAAAGCUGUUUGACCUGUACUACUACGACGGCCUGGCCAACCAGCAGGAGCAGAUCCGGCUGACCAUCGAUACCACUCAGACCAUCUCUGAGAAUGGAAGCAAUGACCUUGUCCCACCCCUCGAGCUCUGCAUCAGGACCAAGUGGAAGGGGGCGAUGGUGAACUGGAAUGGCUCAGACCCCAUCCUGUGACCCUUAGAUGUGGUAAUCCGUAUGGCCCCACCACUCAUCACUGGGAGUGACAGCUGGAUCCCAGGCUUUAGGGGCAAGUCUCUGAGAGCAGUGUCACCCUGUCUGGGCCAACAGUGCUGCAGAAGCAUUUAAGGCCUAACCUGCCCCUUCUAUGAAGGGCCCACCUAAGAUUUGUUGCAUGCUGGGAGGCCUGGUGUGCUGCUGUAUCCCCUCCCAAAGGCUGAGCCGUGACUGCUGAGGACUAGAAAGAGGCCACUGGGAUCUCUGCUGCCUUUUGUCGGCAUCCCUCCCUUGUUCCCCACUGGGCUUUCCCCUUGCCAAUGCCUCUGAUGUGGUUACUCUGGGGACCUUGGGUAUUCGUUAU